AUGAGUCUUCAGUGGACCAUCAUCGCGUCAUUUCUAUACGCCGAAAUAGCAUUUGUACUGUUGUUGACCUUACCGAUCGCGAGUCCUGCAAGAUGGAACAAAUUCUUCAAAUCGAAGUUUCUAGCUUACAUGACGGGCCAAGCAUCCAUCUACUUUGUUGUUCUCAUUGGAGUUCUAGUUCUCUGCCUUCUCGACGCGAUUCGUGAGAUCCAGAAGUAUUCUAAUGUUGAAUCUUCAGACCACCAACAUUUGGAUGCUGAGAUGCAAGGAAACAUGCGCCUGUUUAGAGCUCAAAGGAACUUGUACAUAUCAGGUAUUGCACUUUUCCUUCUCGUCGUUAUUCGGCGUUUGAUCCAGAUGAUCUGUGAGCUGGCGACCUUGUACGCCCAAUCCGAAGCCAAUUUCCGCCAGGCUCAAAGCGCAUCAGUAGCUGCCAAAGCUCUUCUAGAAAAGCAAGGUGCUGGUGAUGAGGUUAACAAGAAAGAGAUGGAAGAACUUAAAAGCCAGCUAUCAGCUUUGGAAAAGGAGUUAGCCAAGGAGAAGAAAGAUAAAGAAGCCGUUAAGUCCCAGGCCGAGAGCUUAAACCGUGAAUAUGAUAGGCUUGCCGAGGAACACAGCAGGCUACAGAAGAAAAUCACUGUUGCUGGUGGCGAUAAGAAGGACGAGUAG